GCCACGGCAGCGAUACAAACCUCUGUGCUUUGGCUGAUGCAACUUAAACGGUGUCAGCUCAGAUUUUUGUUGUCGUUUUUAAAUAUGUUAGUUGAUGUAGAGAAAUGUGAGAAAAAUCCGCAAGCCCAAAGUAUGCCAGCUUUUGUUUUAAGUACUCUAACUUUUUAAACUAAUGUUGUUAUUUAUCUAUUUACAUUUUUUAAAAGAAAUGAUUUUAUUCUGUCCUUGAUUAAUAACAUGUAUCACUUUUUUGUGACUGUUAUCUUAUGGCAUACGAACUGACUAGUAAUAAUGAUGCAAUAUUGCUGCAUCCGUACGUACUCGAUAUUUCGCAUUUCUGAUGUAAUAUCCUUCAGUGUGCGUAUAUUAGCGGAAGCAUUUCUCCAGCAUGCUAUGUUUCUAGGGGGAGAGAUUUCGUGCGGGACCGGUUGCUUGGUUCAUUUACUUCAACAUGCCGACUGACACCAAACGUGUUCGUGGUCCAGAAGUGUCUCAGAGCCCGUCUCUCUUUUCGUGCGUUCCGGCGGCGGUUCUGCCCUUGAAGGGGCCCAGAGCGGACGGUCGGCGACGGGAUCAGGUCGACGUCCGGCCCGUUUUCGUCCGCUGUGGCCUGGUGAGCCAAGCUAAAGGCUCCGCGUACUUAGAGGCUGGAAACACCAAGCUGAUGUGCUGCGUUUAUGGCCCCAGAGAAACAGACCGGAAGGAUGAGACGGAUAUGAAAUGUGGAAGAUUGACUACCGACAUGCGCUUUGCUCCAUUUUCCUGCCCGGAGAGGGGCUCCUGGAUUCAGGGGAGUCAGGACAAGGAUUUUUCCCUGAUGUUACAUGAGAGCCUGCAGCCUGCCAUAUGUCUCCACAAAUACCCUCGCUCUCAGAUCGAGGUCAACGUGAUGGUUCUUGAGAACAGCGGUUCAGUUCUGGCCCAUGCCGUCACAUGCGCCUCUCUUGCGCUUGCAGAUGCAGGGAUCGAAAUGUAUGAUCUGGUGCUCGGUUGCUCCAUGCGCCAGGAUGGCACCUCCUAUGUGGUUGACCCCUCCUACAUGGAGGAAAACGGCUGCAACUCGGUAAGCUGUGAGAACCAGGGUGGUCUGACUGUCGCAUUCCUCCCAAGCCUGAACCAGAUUUCUGGACUACAGUCUGAUGGAGAAAUGACUGAAGAGACUCUAACCGCUGGAGUGAGGACCUGCAUUGAGGGAUGCUAUAAACUGUACCCAGUUAUCCAGCGUGCCCUGACGAAGGCUGUGCGCAAAGCUGCGCCAUCACAAUCAGAGAGCUGAGUGAACCACGAACUCCUCCGUUUAUGGUCUUUCCUGUAGAUCAUUUCCAAUCGUUACUAAAGAACGUGAUCUAUUUUUCCAUGUGUGAUAUUAGUUUAUAUAUUAAAAGAAAAAUAUGAACUCUGA